UCUGGUAAGCCAGUAAAGUGUUAGUGCAGCAGAUCGUGGUACUGUCUGCUUUAACAAAACCAGAAACAAACAAAGCAAAAAAGAAACAAAUACAAUUCUAGUUGAUUCCACAAUCUUUCCUAUUACGUGCUGGACAUCCACGUUUGAGAGUUGAUUCCCUGGAUUAUUAUUUUGCAUUUAUUUAGCUACGUGACAGGACCCGAGUCAAUACAAUGAAAACAGGAGUAGUCAGCAGCAAUAGCAACCUUUGCUGUUAAAAUGGUCAUUUUGUUAAUAUCGUUAAAAUAACAAGAAGCAGUCUUUACAAAUGCGUCUGCCAAAGGAAUGUAAUAUGGAAUAAACAUAAGUGAUUAGAAUGCGAUACAAAAAUGGAUAUGCAAAAAAUCACCUUGGAAAUGCCACGUUGAGCAAGAUAGCAUUUUUUUUGGUUGGUUGCAAGCGCUAUGGGGCUGAAGUGUGAAGUGCACUCCAUCACGGUCUGUGUGGAGGGGAUGACCUGUAACUCCUGCGUCCAAACCGUCGAACAACAGGUGGGGAAUCUGCAAGGCGUGCAUGACAUACAGGUCUCUCUAGUAAGUAAGGAUGUGGUCGUUGUAUUUGAUCCCAGCCUCCAAACCCCGGAGUCUCUGAGAGAGGCUAUCGAAGACAUGGGGUUUAAGGCGAGUCUUUCUGAUUCAGCCAAGCCAAUACCCACUGAAACAGGCCUGUUCAGCAUCCCCGGGCUGGUGCCUCAGCCCCAGAGUCAGGUCCACAGCACACUCUCCCAAAUGAAGGGAGUUCUGAGUGUUCAGAUCGCCCCUGAGCCUCAGCAUGUCAACGUGACUUUCAUCCCCUCGCUUGUCAGCACCAGCCAGAUUGGCGAGGUGGUUCGGACUGUAGACGCUUCUCCAAUGGAAAGGAAGUGUGAUUACCAUGAAGAGCCUGGGCUGAGCCAGGCGAGCGAAGCAAUGAUAAAAAUGAUGAUCGAAGGAAUGGUGUGUCUCUCUUGUACAACCACCAUCCAAGGAAAGAUCAGCAAACUCAGUGGGGUCCAGAAAAUACAAGUCUCCUUGGCCAAUCAAGAAGCGGCUGUCAUAUACCAGCCACACCUCAUCACUGCAGAAGAGAUUGUGAACCAGAUUGGCUUGGUAGGCUUCAAAGCGUCCCUCAAGAACAAAUCCAGGCCUCUCAAUCUGGGCUCAAUUGAUGUGGAGCGCCUGAUGAACACUCCAGUCCAGAACUCUGCACCAGCAAAGCAGAGCUCUGAGACAGACAGCGACCUCACUACCGUUGCCCUGCACGUAGACGGCAUGCAUUGCAACUCCUGUGUUGUCAAUAUCCAAAGUAAUAUAGCAGAACUUACUGGCGUGCAUGGAGUCAUUGUUUCUUUGGAAAAGAAGACUGCUACUAUAAGAUGUAACCUGAAACUCAUUACAAUCAAUAACCUCAAGAAAGCCAUUCAGGCUCUUCCACCAGGAAACUUUAAGGCAACUGAAUGUGAGUCUGUGUUUUGUACGACUCCCGCCACUUCCCCAGUGUUUGUGCCUCCUCUGACUCCAGUGAACUGUACAAGCCAGCCCCCGACAGGGUUAUCUGUGAUUACCAUUGAGGGAAUGACAUGCAACUCCUGUGUGCAGACCAUCGAAGGAGUGCUGUCCCAAAGAAAGGGAGUGAAAUCCGCACAAGUGUCUCUCGCUCACCACAGUGGAACUUUUGAGUAUGACCCGCUGCUCACUAACCCAGAGGAAUUAAGGGAAGCUAUAGAGGAUAUGGGAUUUGAUGCCUUUCUACCUGGUACAAAUUCGUUAGCAGAAGGCUUUGAAUCAUCAUUAGCACUGAAGGCACUGUUGCCAAAGGGGUCUCCCAGUAAUAAACAGAAGAGCCGCAGCCUUUCAGAACGGUGGAAGGACGAGGAGGAGGACUCCACAUACCCAGCGGCUGCACUGACCGCUCCACAGACCCCUAUGAAGUGCUUCAUCCUGGUGACUGGGAUGACCUGUGCCUCCUGUGUGGCCAGCAUCGAGAGGAACCUCAAGAGAGAGGACGGUAUUUUCUCUGUCCUGGUUGCCCUCAUGGCUGGCAAAGCAGAGGUGCGCUACAACCCGGCUGUCAUAGAACCUGCGGGAGUGGCAGAACUAAUCAAAGAGCUGGGGUUCGGAGCCUCAGUCCUCGAGAACUACGACGGGUCUGAUGGGAAUCUAGAACUCGUCGUUAGAGGAAUGACCUGUGCCUCCUGUGUUCACAACAUAGAAUCGAAUUUAAUGAAGACCAAAGGUAUCAUUUACACAUCCGUUGCACUUGCAACCAACAAAGCUUAUAUCAAAUAUGACCCAGAAGUCAUCGGACCUCGUGAUGUCAUGAAACUAAUUGAUAAUCUUGGUUUUGAGGCUUCUUUAGUGAAGAAAGACAGAUCUGCUAGUCACUUAGACCACCGAAGUGAAAUCAGGCAGUGGAGGCGAUCGUUCUUUGUGAGCCUGUUUUGUUGCGUCCCAGUCAUGGGACUGAUGAUCCACAUGAUGAUAAUGGACAGUCACUUCUCCGGGCAGCAUCACCACAAUGUCAGUGGUGUGGAUCUGGACCAGUAUCACUCCACCAUGUUCCUAGAGCAGCAGGUUCUCCCAGGACUCUCCAAAAUGAAUUUAAUAUCCUUCAUAUUUUGUGUUAUUGUGCAGUUUAUAGGAGGCUGGUACUUUUACAUCCAUGCAUACAAAGCACUGAAGCACAGAACUGCAAACAUGGAUGUGCUGAUCGUCCUGGCGACCUCCAUUGCCUUUGUGUACUCCUGUGUUAUCCUGGUGGUCGCAAUGAUUGAGAAGGCCAAAGUGAAUCCCAUAACCUUUUUUGACACCCCUCCUAUGCUUUUUGUCUUCAUCUCAUUGGGAAGAUGGCUGGAGCACGUAGCAAAGAGUAAAACUUCAGAAGCUUUGGCCAAGCUGAUGUCCCUGCAGGCUACAGAAGCCACUGUUGUAACUCUGCAGCCUGACAAGUCAGUGCUGAGUGAGGAGCAGGUGGAAGUUGAGCUGGUGCAGCGUGGAGACAUCGUUAAAGUGGUCCCUGGAGGGAAAUUCCCUGUGGACGGCAGAGUGAUUGAAGGGCACUCCAUGGCAGACGAAUCUCUAAUAACAGGGGAGGCCAUGCCCGUCACCAAGAAGCCAGGGAGCUCUGUGAUUGCAGGCUCCAUCAACCAGCACGGCUCGCUGCUCGUCACCGCCACACACGUGGGAGCCGACACCACCCUGUCUCAGAUCGUCAAACUCGUGGAGGAGGCGCAGACCUCAAAGGCUCCAAUCCAACAGUUUGCAGACAAGCUCAGUGGAUAUUUUGUCCCCUUCAUUGUUGGGGUUUCAGUCAUUACACUUAUUGCUUGGAUCGUGAUUGGAUUUGUGGACUUUGAACUAGUGGAGAAAUAUUUCCAAGGUUAUAACAAGAGCAUCUCCCGCACGGAGGUGGUGAUCCGCUUUGCCUUCCAAGCCUCCAUCACAGUGCUGUGCAUCGCCUGCCCCUGCUCCCUGGGGCUGGCUACCCCCACCGCUGUGAUGGUGGGCACGGGGGUGGGAGCUCAGAACGGCAUCCUCAUCAAGGGAGGGGAGCCUCUGGAAAUGGCACACAAGAUAAACACGGUGGUAUUUGAUAAAACUGGAACAUUGACCCAUGGCACACCCAAAGUGAUCCAAGCCAAGCUCCUGGUGGAGAGUAACCAAAUGCCACGCAGCAAACUGCUGGUGAUCGUGGGGACAGCUGAGAACAACAGCGAGCAUCCUCUGGGAGCAGCAGUCACCAAGUACUGCAAACAGAUGCUGGGCACUGAGUCGCUGGGAUCCUGCACAGACUUUCAGACAGUCCCUGGCUGUGGAGUCAGCUGCAAGGUCAGCAACACAGAGUCCCUGCUGCGCAACAGAGAAAAUGAGUCUGAGGAGAGGAACUCCAGAGAUGCUGUGUUAGUCCAAAUUGAGGACAGGACAGCUGACCACACGCAUCCUUUGAUUAUUGAGCCUAAGCCUUCAACCUCUGUGAUAUCCCAGACCUACACAGUGCUGAUAGGAAACCGCGAGUGGAUGAGAAGAAACGGUCUCGAUAUUAAAAGUGACAUUGACGAUGCCAUGAUCAAGCAUGAGCGCAAGGGGCGCACUGCUGUCCUUGUAGCCAUUGAUGGCCUCCUGUGUGCAGUGAUCGCGAUCGCAGACACAGUAAAACCUGAAGCGGCGCUUGCUGUCUACACUUUGAAAUCCAUGGGGCUGGAGGUGAUUUUGAUGACCGGUGACAACAGUAAAACUGCCAGAGCCAUAGCCGCACAGGUUGGCAUCACCAAAGUGUUUGCAGAGGUCCUCCCCUCCCACAAGGUGGCAAAGGUGGAGCAGCUCCAGAAGGAGGGGAAGCACGUGGCGAUGGUUGGGGAUGGGGUUAACGACUCGCCAGCUCUCGCCAUGGCAGACGUGGGAAUCGCCAUUGGCACGGGGACCGACGUGGCCAUUGAAGCGGCAGGCGUUGUGUUAAUCAGAAAUGAUCUGUUGGAUGUGGUUGCGAGUAUUGACUUAUCUAAGAAGACUGUGAGAAGGAUUCGGAUUAAUUUUGUUUUUGCUUUAAUUUAUAACAUUGUCGGGAUUCCUGUGGCAGCUGGGGUGUUUCUCCCCAUAGGCCUGGUGUUGCAGCCCUGGAUGGCAUCUGGUGCAAUGGCUGCAUCCUCUGUUUCAGUGGUGCUGUCUUCAUUAUUACUGAAACUUUACACUAAACCAAGCGCUGAGAAGCUGGAGACACGAGCCCGAGGCCAGAUCAGACAGAAGAGCCUUUCUGACAUCAGCGUCCACAUUGGAAUCGACGACAUGAGGCGCCAGUCUCCAAAACUCAGCCUGCUGGACAGGAUCAUCAACUACAGCAGAGCCUCCAUUAACUCACUGAGGUCAGACAAGCGAUCCCUGAACAGCAUGGCUCUGACAGAGCCAGACAAGCACUCUCUCCUGGUGGGAGAGGAGAUUGUGUGAGACCUUCCUGCAUUCACACCAGCUUCUCCCACUCCCCGAACUGAGAGGUUUUUUUUUUUACAAAUGUUAACCCCUUCCUUCCCAGCCUGUGCAAUCACAGUUGAACUCUUGCUGUAUCCAGUUUGAUUAGAUCAUUGCAAAUUCCAGUCCUGGUCAUGGAAACACUGCACCAUGGUUACAUCUGGCGUUUGGAGAAUUCCAGCAGGGAUAUGGAAGAGUGGAAUUUAGUUUGCAGGGUACCCGAGGACACAUGAUAAACAUGAAUGGACUAAUUGUACAAUACAAUACGGUGAUCAGUGCAGAGAGUUUGGUCCUAGUGCACUGAACCCAGAAGAUCUUCAAUUGGCACAAAGCUAAAUCUGUAGUGGGGCAUUUCAUAUUAGUGAUUUUAAUGUGGAUGAGCGUAUUUAGAAGUAAAAAAAUAUAUAGAUAUAUAUGUUUAUAAGUUAUCGGUUUUAGUUCAGUAUUAAACAUGCUGGUUAUCAGUGUAGAUUUUAUUGUUAAAAUCCAUUUUGUUUAUGGAUCUGUUUUUCAAUUUAACUCCUUGCUGUCGUAGAUCAAGCAAAACCUUUCAUGUUUUUUUAUUAAAUGGUCUUAAGGUGGCAGUGUACUUAUGAUGCUGUUGGAAAUGAAUGGAAGUGAGUAAUUACAUAAUUUUUGCAUACUUUGUUUUUGCUGUUCGAAACUUUUUUUAUUGUGAGGAUUUAGCCACCAGUUAUUAAAUUUUUUCUGAGUUUAAGAAACGCCCAAUCAAUAAUUAUGAUAUUUAUUGAAAAUUAUAAUUAAACAUCACUAGGAAUUGGAUCAGUCCGUGGAGCAGCGUGGAAAUCAUAUUGAUCAUUAAAGUGUUCUUUAUAAUGUAUCGGAGUCCUCAUGAUACUCCAAAUCCUCCACCUUUAUUCUUUCAGGUCCUGAUCAUGUAAGCACUAUCACACCAUUCACUGCACUACACCAUUCACCCCACUGCAAACACUUUGGUGAUGCCUAACAUACAAAAAAGCAUUCAUCCAUUUAUAUAUAUAUAUAUAUGUGUGUAUUUUAGAUACCCUUCUGUUUGUAUGUGGUGUUCCAAUAUUAUGUGGAUAACUCAGUGCCAAGAUACUGAUAGGAAAAUUAUAGUUAGGAUUGCAAACGUGUGGGCUUAUGUAACGUUAAAAUGCUCAUUUGACAAUACAAAACUCUAGAAUAUUUCUUGAGUGACAUAUAUGAAGAUCAGAACUUUCACAUAACAUAACCCUGGUGCUGCACAUUCAAUCAAGUGCUUAUUUGCUGGGGCUAUUUUAUUUGUUUUUGUUACGGUGAGGAGCAACACAUUAUUAGACAUAUGCAGCCUCGAACCAAUAUUUACUGUAAAAUUAAUAUUAUUUUGCAUGACUAGAUGUCAGUUUCAUAUACUGCAAAAGCUCCUUGUUUAUAUAGAUCAGUGUUGUUCUAUAACUGACCUCUUUCACAGUAUUUUAUUGUGUUGAGUGAAGAUAAGAAGUAGGUCAAUAAAUGGAUCUCUUGCAGAUGUAAACACCAGCAGGGUUAAUAUAAAGAGUUAAAGAGCGGUCACAUUGACUGACCCUGAGUCGCUCACCUGGUGAAAGGACAACAGUGUGAGUCAUGCAGUCAGGGGAGCGCCCGCUGGUCUUUCGAUUCCACAGGAUUGGCUCUGGCGCUCCUGUGGGUUAGGGAGGCAAAACUGGCAGGGGCUGUUUCUUCUGAUCGUGCUGCAGCGAACCCUGCUGGCCAUGCUCACGGUGAGCUCAGGCGGACACCUGCAGGGCUGGCCUUUGUCCUCCAGAGGUCAGUCACUAGCUGGGUUGUCGGUGGUAUCAGAGGUGGCCCUCUAUACUUCAUUUAUCCUGAGCUUCUCGUGGGAAUUUCUGCGGUUAGAGAACAUAAUUAGUUAAUAUAAUUUGGUACUCUAAUAAAGGGGUUAAAAUAAUGAAUAAUAUAAAUACUCAUUUUGAUGUGCAAUUGUUAGAUAAUUAAAGUAGACAGGCUUCUCGUUUCAUUGAUGGUAUUUAGUUGAUCUGUGAACUGUUUCCACGGAGUGUUCCUUAAAUGAGGCUAAAUCCCAAAAUAGAGGUAGAAUAAUAGUAUGGCAUUUUAUAACGAUCGCAAAACAGACACAUGCUUUAAACAUGUAAUGAAGAACAAGCACAGACAAUCACUUCUUCAUCACUGUCACCACUUUUAUUUGAUUUUUUUUUUCUUCCAAAAUCUUUAAAACUGCUUGUGGUUCAAAAUGAUAUACAAUAAAAAAAAAAUAAUAAUCUCAAGGAAUCAAGUUUCAUUAAAAACCUGUUUCUUAAUGUUUGUAGGUUGUUUAAAAACAGAGUGAUUUGUGUUUUCUCACUUGUGCUUUUUGUAUGAAACGAGAAAAGUGAUGGCAUGCUUUUACAGUAAACGGAUAUACUGUUCUGUAAAUACAUUGGUUUGCAUCUUUACUCACGUCAGUCCAUAUAUAUUUUAAAUAUACUGUAUUGCAUAUAAUGUGCCUUCUUCCAAACGCCUUGUUUAAUAUUCUUUUAAUAUCUUGCUGAGGAAUCUCCUGUUCAUAAUGUCACCUUCAGGUGUUGAUGUAAAAUAUUUUGAAGUACUGCAUUAGAGAUACCAAAAAAGAUAACUUUGAUUUACAUUUUUGUUUUGCUUACCUGAGCUAUGGCAUAGCCAGUAGAUUACACCAAUAACCACCUUCUGCAGAAGGUCCUUUCAGAUUGACACGGUGGCUAUGGGACACCCAAGGAGGGAGCAAGCCUGUGCACCUACAGUUGAAAUCCAUGGUAUAAUGUAGACUGCACAGUCACGUCUCAAAUGGAGCACCAUGCAAACAGACUUAAAGUUUAUAAAUAUUGCCGCUGGGAUUGGAACCCUAAGCUCCUGUCUCACUCGAUUAAUUUUGCUCGGGUAAUUGGGAUGUGCUGAGUCACAAGUGCAGAUAAAAGAUUACUGAAUCCCAAAUGAAUGCAGGAAGCUUGGGUAAGGAUCUGCCGUUGCUGAUGACACAGCAUCAGGAAUGGAAAAUAUGCAUUACUUCUAUGCCAGCCUACAGUACACAGUAACGAAUUGGCAUGCAUUAUGGGAGUCUCGCAGAUUCAUUCAUAUUAUUAUUGUACUUCACAUGCAAACAAAAGAGCCUCCUGGUUCUUUGGCUGUUCUGUUCCAGUGAUCAGCUAAAGCUGGACCUGUAUGCUGCUGCUAACCUGUAUCAAUGAGAACGUUGUAUUAUCAGUUUGCGAUGGCACCAUCGUUUAUCAUGUUCUGUAUACAAAACAUAUUUCUAUUUUAAGCUUACUAUCCCAUAUGUAUUUAUGGAAUAUAUUGCAAAUGUGUUUGAUUUAAAAUCUGUAUUGC